AUGCCUCGUCAACAACGCCGUGCUGCUCCUACCCCUGCGCGUAGCGCUCCCGUUCGCCCUACUGCUGCCCCGGCCCGGCCAGCCGCCACUCCCCAGCAGCAGGCACCUCACUCAACCGCUGCUCAACCGCAGCAGCAUCAGCAGGCUCCUCCUCCUAUGCAAGCCCCUCCCCAGCAAAGUGCAGGCCCAGGUCUGUUUGGUCAAAUGGCAUCUACCGCUGCUGGUGUGGCGGUUGGCUCAUCUAUCGGUCAUGCCAUUGGGGGUUUAUUCAGUGGCGGCAGUUCUAGUGCUCCUGCCGAGACUCAGCAAGCUCCUCCCGCACAGUCGCAGGCUAUGGACAAUGGUCUUUGGCAAAGCAGUGCUACUAAUCAGUCAUGGGAAAACCCGGCCUGUGAGCCUAACGUGCGUGACUUCCGCAACUGCAUGGACGAAAACCAGGGCAACAUCAGUAUCUGUGGUUGGUACUUGGACCAGCUGAAAGCUUGUCAGGCUGCUGCCAAGCAGUAUUAA